AAUGGGAGAUUAAGAUGAAACUUAAAAUAAUUUGUUACUUCAUUCUUUGGUUAACCAAAGUAGAAUUAACGAAAGCAUAAAUUAUAUAAAUCUAUUAGACCUAAUGAGUAAAUAUAACCCAGGACCUCCAAUAAAGAAAACCAUAGUUAAUGAUUAAGAUUUUAUAGAUGAAUUAGAAUAGUUCUUAGAUUAAUUAGAUUAACCUAAGAGAAGAAAGUUUUAUGAGGAAUCCAUGAUUCUUCUUGAUGAAAAUGACAACCAUUCUAUUUUGGAUUUUACAAAUUUAAACAAUACUAACAACAAAUAAGAAUCGAAAAGUUAGAAAUAAUAAGAUGCUUGGCUUGAUAAACUUCCUCUCAAACAUGAAUUUGAUGAUCUUGAGGAACUUGAAAAAAUACUAUCUUAAUGAAC